GCAAUUUCCUACACAGUCGGAUCGAUAUGCAUGGAAGAUGCUAUCUCCCACGAGAAAACACUCAGAUUUACUCGUCGAACUAUCACUGCGUCGGAUCUGACGAAGUGGCCGGGCGCCGCCAUAGACGGCGCCGGUCACUUGAGGGAAGGGCGCGUUUUCACCGGCUCCUCGAGAACAGAAGCUCAACCCCUCAAAUUGAAGCGGAUCACCUUCAGUGAUCCGCGCAGUUCACCCCAUUAUUGCAAAUUCUUCGCUUUGUCCGAAGAUGGCAAGCUUCUUGCGGCAUCGUUCAACAGUAACGACGUCCUCGUAUGGCGAUUAUCCGACGGUCUACUCGUUCAGCGUCUACAUUGCCAGGGCCAUACGGGCUGGGUUGCUGUCCUCUCCUUUUCUCCCAUUGACUCCUACACCCUAGCCUCCGGGUCCUUGGACGGGUCGGCGAUUGUGUGGGAUACUCGAAGUGGCCGUGUACUUCUACGUCUGGAAGAACACGGUGGUCCAGUGCACAGCAUUGCAUAUGCUCCCCAUGGCGCACUCAUCGCCACCGGUACUCGCGACGACGGGUGCGUGAAGGUCUGGGACGCGUCGAGUGGAGCAUGCCUGCAUUUCUUCGGCAAUGACAACAGCAUGUACAAGCUCGCGUUCACCCCGGACAGCUCAUUUCUCUGCGCCGAACUAGCCGGGUCCUGCAUCAUUUAUGACACUCACACUUAUACGCGCACUGCUACGUUGCAGCACGUUGCCGGAAAGUGGCACCACUCGCUAAUCUCUCAUCAAGGCGAUCGCAUAAUCACCGUCCCGCAUUCGGACCACCCGGGACAAGUGAAGAUUUGGAGUGCGGCGACUGGCAAAGAGCUUCUUGCGAUUGAACAUUCAACGAAGCUAUCGAUGCCUGUGGCGUUUUCCCCAGAUGGGGCCGAGGUAGUGGCAACUUGCGGCACGGGCUCGGACGCGGCAGCCGUCACCUAUAAUUCACGGACAGGCCAGCUAUGUCGUAUCUUCAAGUUCGAAACGCCGGUAGACCGUGUGGCGUACUCCCCAGAUGGAGAGUAUGUCGUCUUUAGUACUAGAAAUGGCACCGAUGUCGAACUGUACAAUGCGAAGUCUGGAGCAUUUCUCGCAAUGUUUGAUGGGCGGGAAGAGGGUUGGAUUAUUAGCGAUAUUCGGUUUUCUCCUGAUAGCCAAAUUCUUCUAGCACGGUCUGGGUAUGGACCUUUACAUCUAUAUAAUGUUCAAGAUGUGUUGCGAAUGCGAUAGCGUAGUAUGAGUGUAACAAUACUUGCCCGGCUCAUGGUACUAUAGCAGUGCGGGCAGUAGAGAACAUGCGCUAAACACAGCAUUUUCAUUUGUAACGAAC